AUGAUUAAUAUUUUAGGUAGGCGAAGAAAACCCAUCGAAAAAAAUAAAAAAUCUAGUUCCAAAAAACCGCCAUCUGAAGAAACCAGUGAGGAAACAGUAUCAAAAGAACACAAAACAAAAUCAGACACAAGGACAAUUAUAAAACCAGUCAGUGGAACCAUAUAUGACAGACCACGUGUAGCUCCCAAAAUUAAACUCCCCGUACCGAAAAAUGAAGCCAACAAAUAUGCUUACAAACCAUAUUCAACUACAAAAACGACUCAAAAGGAAAAUUAUGAAUAUGAAAAUUAUGAAGAAGAAUCAAAAUCAAAUAAAAAUAAAGAACCUGAUAAGAAAAAGCAAGUUGUGGUUGAAAAUAAACCAUUAGAUGACAUGGAAUCGGGAAGAAACCAUAAAAACUCCGAUGAAGAUUAUUACUAUGACGAAUACGAAGAAGACGAUGUAUCGUUGUCAGAUAGCAAAGAAAAGGAAAAAGUAAAAGAACAAUCAUUAUUUUCUAGUAAUAAAGAAAAAUCGGCACAUAACACAAAUUUAAAAGCACAAUCUACAUCUACAACAAGUACCACAACUACAACUACAACAACCACCACAACAACAACUACAACCACAGAGAAACCUAUUUCGAUUAUGGAUAGCGAACCAUUAAGUCAUUUAGACCAGCCUGUUAUAAUUAGAGGUUUACAUCCCGUAGGAUCACGAGCCUUGCCCCAAAAUGUAGAAGAUAGUAUAGAGGCCGAAGGACUAACUGAGCCGAAAUACGAAAAGAAUUUUAGGCCUGUGUCUACGACUGCAAAAUCACUGGAAAAGGAAGAGGUUAAAAUGGAAUCAGUCCGAACUGAUUACUUGGAUCUUAGGGCACCUCAGCCAUCAAAAUCGCAGUAUAAGAAUCCUCUUGAUAUUAACCUUGAAGACUAUGAUGUUACUCUUAAUGAUGCACUCAACCCGACUCUACCUAAUCUUCCAGUUCGAAGCUACCCUACAGGAUUUGACGUGUCUAAUGAUUAUUCUUACAAUUAUCAAAAAAGUAAUAGAUUCGUUCCUGAUCAAGCUGCCGCAACAGCAACUACGAAUUAUGCGUUUAAACCAAAACCGGUAAAUCAACGAUAUGAACCAAUGCAAGUACAACGGGAACAUCAAUCUAGCAAUAAUUUCAGAAAUUACUAUAGUGUGAUCGAAGACUACAGAGCUAGGCCAAUUCAAAAUACACAAGCCUAUUAUACGAGGUUUUAA